GGGGUAGACGGCCGCUACUACCCACUGUGUUGGUCCGUUUAAGUCAGGCAUGAAGAUCACGAGGCAGAAACAUGCCAAGAAGCAUCUCGGCUUCUUCCGCAAUAAUUUCGGAGUUCGCGAGCCGUACCAGAUCCUGCUGGACGGUACCUUCUGUCAGGCGGCGCUGCGCGGCCGUAUCCAGCUGCGGGAGCAGUUGCCCCGCUACCUCAUGGGGGAGACACAGCUGUGCACCACCAGGUGUGUGUUAAAAGAAUUAGAAACAUUGGGAAAAGACUUAUAUGGGGCAAAACUGAUUGCACAAAAAUGCCAAGUCCGAAAUUGUCCCCAUUUCAAGAACGCUGUGAGUGGAUCAGAAUGUCUACUGACCAUGGUUGAAGAGGGAAAUCCUCAUCACUAUUUUGUGGCAACACAGGAUCAGAAUUUGUCUAUGAAAGUAAAGAAAAAGCCUGGAGUUCCUCUCAUGUUUAUUAUUCAGAACACUAUAGUCUUGGACAAACCUUCUCCCAAAACAGUUGCCUUUGUUAAAGCAGUAGAGUCAGGUCAGCUUGUCUCAGUGCACGAGAAACAAAGUAUCAAGCAACUCAAAGAAGAACAAGGUUUAGUGAAAAAAGAGGAACAGAGAAGAAGAAAAAAACGCAAGAAAAUAAGUGGCCCCAAUCCUCUGAGCUGUUUGAAGAAAAAAAAAAAAAACACAGGACCCAGAAUCAUCUGCCUCUGAAAAGAAAAGAAAAAGAAAAAGAAUCCGGAACAGAUCUACCUCAAAAGUACUUUCUGAAAAG